CGGAUUAUCGAUCAGACUCAGUCAGCAUGAGUGACGUAGUUAAACAAAUGGUCGAAUGGUUAAUCGGUUUGAUUCACUGGUGAAACGUACUGCUGCCAGUAAUACGGCUGGCACACGAUCAUCCUGGCAAUAAUGUCGACACCUCAGACGCGAUCAACAAGAGUCAGACCGAGGUUCCCGACGAUGCAUCUUGAAUAUUCCAUCGAACAGACGAAAUACCUGUGAGAAACGUUCGCAUGGACAAAUGGCUUCAAGAUAGGAAGCUUUGGCUUUUCGGUAGCACACUACCUCUGCUACCAAGGAGGUCACGCGCGCCGAGCAAGGCGAUGGAACGAUACGAACGACUGGCGCGUCUUGGGGAGGGUAGCUACGGUGUAGUCUUCCAGUGUAGAGAUCGGCAAACUGGAAAAUUGGUAGCGGUGAAAAAGUUCCAGCAGACGGAAGAUGAUCCUCUUAUACGGAAAAUCGCGCUACGUGAGAUAAGGCUCCUUAAGAAUCUGAAACAUCCGAAUUUGGUGAAUCUUCUGGAGGUGUUCAGGCGGAAACGGAAAUUGCACCUGGUCUUCGAAUACUGCGAGUACACGCUGCUGAACGAGAUGGAAAGAUAUCCGAGCGGUUGUCCAGAAAUUACCACCAAGCAACUCACGUGGCAAAUUCUUCAGGGCGUGGCGUACUGUCAUCGGUUAGGUUGCGUUCAUAGGGACGUAAAACCGGAAAAUAUUUUAAUCACAGCCGAUGGCGUAGUGAAAUUGUGCGAUUUUGGUUUCGCGCGAAUGCUCAGUCCUGGUGAAAAUUACACGGAAUAUGUCGCGACUAGAUGGUAUAGAGCGCCUGAACUGCUGGUUGGAGAUACUCAAUACGGUACACCAGUCGACGUAUGGGCAAUUGGAUGUGUUUUCGCAGAAUUAAUACGUGGAGAAGCACUGUGGCCAGGAAAAUCGGACGUGGAUCAACUGUACUUAAUUCGAAGGACUAUCGGUGACUUGUUACCAAGGCAUUUGGCUAUUUUUCAGCAAAAUGAAUUUUUUGCUGGCAUUACACUACCGACACCUCAAACUCUUACCCCUCUUGAAACUACUCUCCCUAAUAGAGGAAAUGUAAUUCUACAGCUUGACUUUCUUAAAAAAUGUUUGGACAAAGAUCCUGAUGAAAGAUGGUCUUGUGAACAACUUCUACAACAUUCGUAUUUUGAAAAUUUUCAUUUCAAAAUGCCUGAAGUCGAAAUGGAGGAAUUUGAGAAACUUAAAAAAUAUCGAGAUCGAUCACGAAAUAGCAAUUACAGUCAAAUGGUAUUACCUCAACUUCCCAAGGCUGGUGCUUCAGUACAUAGUCAAAAUGAAAAUCGGCCGAAAAGCUCCUCCAUGCAUCACCAGCAAGAUUUUGAUCAUCUACCUACUAUUAAAGGUUGUAAUUAAGCUCCUCUGUGAUUGUAAUAUACUUAUACAUAUAUACAUAUAUAUUUACCUAUUUAUUUAAACUUUAUAGAUUUUCAUGAUAUAAAUUAAUUCUUAUUACAUUUUAUUUUUAUUUU